AUGUCGGGGGCGUCUGAUUUCUUAAGCAAGGGUAUUGAUUUAGUUCAAAAGGCGAUAGAUGCCGAUACAGCUACGAGAUACGAGGAGGCGUAUAAGUUGUACUACAACGGUCUUGAUUAUUUAAUGUUGGCCAUCAAGUAUGAAAAGAACCCCAAGUCAAAGGAACUAGUAAAAUCAAAGUUCACCGAGUAUUUGACUCGAGCAGAGCAGUUGAAAGACCACCUUGAAAAGCAGCAGAACAAGUCAAACUCGGCUGAAAGUUCAGCGAAUGGAUCCACUAAGGCAAAGAAGUCAGGAAGCGGAGAUGACGAGGACGAUGCCGAUGCGAAAAAGUUGAGGGGAGCGCUUGCAGGGGCAAUUUUAUCCGAGAAGCCAAAUGUUAAAUGGUCUGAUAUUGCUGGACUUGAGGGGGCAAAAGAGGCUUUAAAAGAGGCAGUCAUUUUACCAGUGAAAUUCCCGCAACUUUUUGUAGGCAAUAGGAAACCAACCUCGGGAAUCCUUCUAUAUGGACCACCUGGAACGGGUAAAUCGUAUUUGGCAAAAGCCGUUGCCACAGAAGCAAAUUCUACAUUCUUUAGCGUUUCCUCGUCUGAUUUAGUUUCCAAGUGGAUGGGUGAAUCAGAAAGACUUGUCAAGCAAUUGUUUACCAUGGCAAGAGAGAAUAAACCAUCCAUUAUAUUCAUUGACGAAGUCGAUGCAUUGUGUGGGCCAAGAGGAGAGGGUGAGAGUGAGGCCUCGAGGAGAAUCAAGACAGAAUUAUUGGUGCAGAUGAAUGGUGUUGGAAACGAUUCCCAAGGUGUAUUGGUGUUGGGAGCAACGAAUAUCCCCUGGCAAUUGGAUGCUGCUAUAAGGAGAAGAUUUGAAAGAAGAAUUUACAUUCCAUUGCCUGACGUAGAAGCGAGGUCGAGAAUGUUUGAAAUCAAUAUUGGUGAAGUUCCUUGUGAAUGUUCUCCUCAUGAUUAUAGAACUUUGGCCGAAAUGACGGACGGGUAUUCUGGUCAUGAUGUUGCAGUAGUUGUCAGAGAUGCUUUGAUGCAGCCUAUUAGGAAAAUACAGCAGGCAACACAUUUCAAGCCUGUGACAGAUGACGAUGGGAAAGAAAAGAUGACUCCUUGUUCGCCAGGUGAUGCUGAUGCUAGAGAAAUGAGCUGGAUGGAGAUAGAAACGGACGAGUUGAAGGAGCCAUCACUUACGAUUAAAGACUUUAUCAAGUCAAUCAAAAGCAAUAGGCCUACUGUCAAUGAGUCUGAUAUAUCGAACCACAUUAAAUUCACCGAAGACUUCGGUCAAGAGGGUAAUUGA